GCCGAGGCGAAUCAGGAUCAGGACGAAGUCGACUUCCGACAAAUGCGGAAGCAGGUGAAGCAACAGCAGGAGAAGUACUAUGCAGAGCGCCGUCCGAGCCGGACGAACUCGCAGAAACCGGAGAACAUCAUCUCGGAAGUCCCACUGAGCGCACGGUCGCUGACUCGGGGCAACCGCGCCACAGCCGUCACCGCUGCUGCUGUCCUUGGAGGACAACAACUCGGCGGUGUCGGAGUAGAUCCAAUUUAUUUCGAUUACGGUGCGGCUACGAGGAAGCUUCGCGAGAAGGCACAGGCAGAGAAAGAAGGUCAGAUGAUGGAUGAUCCCGCUGCCGCAAAGACGAGGGAGAUGGUGACCUUCCUGACCUCCCAGGGGCUGUCGGGCCCGAUCAG